AUGUCUGGAAGACGUAACAAGCGGACUCAGGUCUUGCUUGAUCGCGGAUCCCCUUCACCAUCUGUCAUGAGCGGCAUGGCAGGUACCAUGGCGUCGACCUCGCCAGUCUACCGGCGUGUAUAUCCCGCACCCACGGAAGUGGUGUCUCUCAACUCCUCUCACUCCGGAAAGCGUAAGUUAAGCUCGCACUCUGGUGCGCAGAAUGCUCCGGAGUCACCGCAUAGAAACUUUGCCCACCCUGCUCUCGCCGAGAUCGGCAAGAUCAUGAAAUCGCUCAAUGACGCAUUGGGCACCCUCCAACAACUUGGGUUGAAUCAUGUGGCAAGUCUCCCUGAGCUUGUACUGGUUGGCGACCAGUCGUCGGGGAAGUCAAGCCUGAUGUCGGGAUUGGCCCGAUUGGAUCUACCUCGAAGCAGCGGUAUCUGUACCCGGUGCCCUUUCCACAUCCGUAUGAGCAACAGUCCUCACUGGUCCUUCACUGUCACUCUCCAACAGGACUAUGAGUACAAGCAGCUCAAUCGCCCUAUCAAACCUACCGAUGUCACCAAGAAGAACCCCUUCCCUCCCUGGGUUGAGAGACCAAUACGCGAGACCAAAGAGUUCAAGACUGUCCCUGGACAAGACGCUGUAGAGAUCGAAGAGGUUUUGAGAUGGGCCCAAAUCGCGACACUAAACCCUACAAUGAGCCAUGAGCAAUUCGUACCAGGAGAAGGAUCGUAUGCCAAAGAGCACUCGCUCGAGGACGCAAAGCAGAAGACACAGGCGAAGUUCUCGCCGAACACAGUUGCCUUCGAGUGGAAGGGUCCGGAUAUACCUACUCUCAGCUUCUAUGACCUGCCUGGUGUCUUUGCCAACGCCGAAACUAAGGCAGACGACUAUCUCGUUGACGUAGUCAGAAACCUAACCCUCAGCUACGUCUGCCGUGAGGAGGCCAUCAUCAUGCUUGCUCUCCCAAUGGACAACGAUAUGGACAACUCGAAGACGCUGAAAGUCAUCCGCGACGCUAAUGCAGAAGAUCGCACCAUUGGGGUGGUCACCAAAGCGGACAAACUUAACGUGGACAGCGAGGACGUGUGGCUCUCUGUGUUUCAGGGCCAAAAACAGAAGGUUGGCCACGGCUUCUUCAGCACUUCACUGCCACCUGAUGAGAGACUCGAUACUCUCAUGUUGAUGGAGCAGUCUUUCUUCGAGGGAGGAAACUGGCCGGGGAAAUUCUCCGAAUUUGCACCGCGAUGUGGUGUCGAAUCACUGCUCAAGUACAUCACGCAGCAACUCGGUGAUGCGUUUCAGAAAAGAUUGCCCGAGAUCAAGGAGAAGGUGAAAGACCGACUUCGGGGUAUCAACCAACAUCUAGAGAACCUGCCGCUGCUGCCCAGCAACGUCGAGCACGAGGUUCGCAUGAGCCUCAAGGAAUUCUACCGACAGGUCAGAGAUUCUGUCACAAGUGGGAUGUUCGAGGUUCAGUGGAAAAGACUCAACGUACAAUUCCAGGAUUGUAUUGUGAAGAUGAAGCCGAGGGUUAUCAUUGCCACGGACACCAAGCCCAAGUCGCAGCCCAUUGAGAUCCUGGACUCCGACAGCGAAAAUUCGGGACCAGUUAAGGGUAACAACAAGAGACCCAUCGAAUCAGUGGAGCGUGUAAUCGUGGCACAGAAGAAACGCAGGGUCGACUUGGGAUCUAUCCCGGUAACACCUGUCAAACCCAAGACGGAAAGGAACGACCUGUACCAGUCGCCCGACGUUGCAGAAUCUCCAUUGCCUCACCAGCAGGGCUCAAAUCCAUUUAUCCAGUGCCUGGGUAAAUUGUCCAAGAUGGACAUCAGAGACAUCCGUCAAGAGAUCAUGGCCAAGACCCGCGUAGGCUUGUCUCACAUUGUGCCUGUCGAAGUACACGAGACGCUCAGUUUACGUGCCGUGGAAACGUGGAAAGAUCCGCUCGAGAUCUACAUUCAGAAAUCAAUGGCAAUGCUGGUAAACGCAGUCAACCAAGCUCUAGAGAAGUCACUUGGGACGCUCCAACGCCGUUUUAUCUUCAAGGAGUCCGUGGAACAUCUCCACAAGUUUCUCAAAGAACGUGAGGAGUACCAACGAAAAAGAAUUGUCGAGAUGUUUGACAACGAGAAGUACAAGAUGGAUACCAUGAACAAAGUCUCUAUAGAGUACUACAAGGUCCAAGAGCAGGGCAUGCUCGAACGUCACCGGGCUUUCUCGCGGGCGAAGGCUGCUUCGUUGCUUGACGAUGGCAAAGCGCUCCUUUCUUGGGAGACAAUGUCAGCCGAAGCGAAGGCCAAGGAAACUGAGAUGUUGGAUAAGUUUAUGACCAAACUUCCCGCAGAUGAUUACAAGGCGGAGAUCGAGGUCGCUGCUCUAGUCAGAGCUUACUACCUCACUGCUGCCACCCGAUUCAUUGACACGGUCACCAUGGACCUGAACUCCAACCUGUUCCGCUCCUUCCGCGAAGGCACGCUGGACAACCACCUAGACCAAGAGCUGGGACUAUUCCCUUACCCUUCUCCUGAUACCUAUGAUCGCCUAAUGGAAGAGGACUAUGAGACCGCCGAGAAGCGCAAACAGCUCAAGACUGAGCGGACUAAGCUUCAGAAGGCAUUGGAGAUCAUGAACGGCCUAGAGAACUCUUCUCACCAGACUACUGCCUCUGGCGAGAAACUACAGCGACAAGCCUCUGUUGUGCACUCGUACGGCAAGGUGGAAGAGGACGAGGCCUUGGUCCAGGACGAGGUGUAA